AUGUCUGCCAAAAGCCAAUCGCCAACCUCCCAAAAUAGUCAAUCGCCCAGUGAUAAUUCUGAAAUCCAGGUCUUAAAAACACAACUAAAAGAAGUCAAAAAUCAACUAAAUAAUUUAACCGACGAGCCUCAGAAAAAUCAAUUAGAGGACAAAAUAACGGCACUAGAAAAUAAAGUAAAAAAUCUGAUUAACCCGGAUAAAUCAACUAUCCAACAAUUAGAGCAGGAAAUUAAAGAGAUUAAGGAGAAGUUGGAAAAUAACGAUAAACCCGACCGUAAUCCUCCACCAACCGAUAAGACUGAAAUAAAACUUCGUUAUGUUGGCGAGGCCGAUAGUGAAGAGAUGGCUUUUAAUAAUUUUUUCGGAAAACAAAGUAGAGAAGAUUUAAGACUUUUUUAUAUUAGCCGAAACCACCCGCAAAUUAAGGAACUAAUAAACCAAGACAAAUUACAAGUGGAUAAGGUUUUUAUCGCUCGCUAUGGAAAAGUCGACCACAUUAGCCCCCACAAUUUGAUGUAUAUUUUUAAUGAAAACAAUCAAGAAUUAGAGAUUAGAGAGGCCUAA